AUGGUGAAAGAGAAGUGGCCCAAACCUGAGAUUUUCAGCACACUCCAUGGAAUGCGGUGGCUACGUGUAUUCCUUAUAUAGAAGGAGAAUGUGCAUGGUACUUUAGGUAUCCUAAAAGUAGAUUUAUCUUCAGCCUUUGCUCUCCACCAAAUACUCAUCUGCAAAGCUUCUUUGCUUUCCUUAUACAUAGUAAUUUCCCUAUGGAAAUCUUCUAACUGAGCAGAGUUUAGAGCGGUUGUUUCCCACCUCCGUAAAUCUGACCAUAGGGGUCUCUUGAAGGAAAAUUGCUAAGAAUUUCCAACUGGACUAUGUAAUCACAGCGCCUGGUAUCAAGAGGAGGGGGAGUGACAUGAAAUCACUGACUUGUGACAUACAUUCCUCAGCAACAGCAGCUGCUGCCUAAUGACAGCUAAUAAAGGGAAUCUUCCCUUGACAGAGCCGCAUGCCUGCAGUGGGACUGGAAUGCGCCCCAGAUAAAUCCCCUGAUAACCCAGGAAGCAGAGAUCACACCAAACCAUAUAAAAGACAAGCUUCGAAAGAGAGAGGGUAGGAGAAAGAAGAGAGAGACCUGAAGAGCCAUCUCAGAAGAAACAGCUUGAACCUCCCAUAUUCCCAACGAACCCAGCGCCAUGGACACUAGAGGCUCAUUUUCCUGUGGUUUCCUCUUGCUGCUUCUUGUCCAGCUGCAGCCCAGCAGGGCCAACCCCAUCUACAACCUCAGCCCUGCCAAAGAACUGGCCAGCAUGGAGGCUCUUCUGGAGAGACUGGAGGAUAAGUUUGCACUGAUUGAAGCCCUGGAGUCCAAUCCUGACCUGCAAGAGCCCCAAACCCAAGAGGAGAUUCCACCAGAACUCAUAGAUGACAGCGAUGAGCAGAAGGCUGAACCCAAACUAGCAUCCAACACUCCUCUGUCCUACAGGAACCCCUUCCUCAAGAGACUGAGGGGGGUGCAGAUGCCUCGGAUGAUGAGAGAUUCUGGCUGCUUCGGCAGAAGAAUUGAUAGGAUUGGCUCCCUGAGUGGAAUGGGUUGCAAUGGUUCCAGGAAGAAUUAGGACCACUUCACUCUGAAGAAUGCUACACAGAACCCGUUCCUCCCAAGAUGAAAGCUCGUCAACA